AUGGUCACCUCGUCCCCCGGGGAGGACGCUGGUCACCCUUCUCGUCAACAUCUCCCGCCCAUACCUCCGUCGCCGACGUUAUCCAACCCCGACAUGAUCUUACCGUUUGACUCCAACGAGCGCGAAUCCUCCACCCCGUCGCCUCCGUUCAACCUACCUUCACUAUCCAACCUGCAGGCGUUCUACGCAAGGCGUCCCGCUCUCGAUGACAAUACGGACCAGACUCAGGGAAUCGCGCAACCGGGUGUUGCUCUGUCUUACGGCAAUCGCCCCCAGAGCAAACUAUACCCACGGCAUACAUGGCUGCAAGAGGGCUAUGAUGCUCGUCGCCUGUCGGAUAUCGGAGAGGAGGACUCUUCGUCAUCUUAUGCGCACUUCCCUGGGUUCUCUGGUGCAUCUCGAAUUGUUUCGCAAACAGGACGGGCGGGAGGGUCUCCCGUUUCGCAACGCGAGACGGGCGAGUUGGAAACUAGGGAGACGGGGACAUGGAGUGGCUCGUCUAGCUCGACAGCUAGUGCUGCUAGUGACUCGUCUUGGGACGGGACGAAAGGCCACCAGGACGGUCGCGGCGCCAAGGACCACCAGCACCAGCUGGAGGACAGUGCCACAGAAGCUGUCGAUGGCAAUGAUAAAACUCCACGCAUAGUACAAAGUACACAGGAGGAUGGGUCGGGAGUGGAGCUGUCAUCGGCCGUACUGAGUACCGAGGCGGAAAGGAUCCUCGAGAACGCGAAGAAGCGCCUGACGCUUAUGGAAGGGAACCUGAAUCGGGCUCGCACGUCGGUGCGAGUAUCUCCGUCGCUUCCCACUUCGCCAACGCCGCCUGUGGGACAGUCGCAUCUGGGGCUGGGCCAACCCGUCGGCGGCCUGUAUCAGUCGAUUUCUCGCGCGGACCGUCGGGCCUCAAAUCAUCGUCCGCGCACAACAUAUACCUCAUCCCAAGAUGCGACGGGCAACCGCCAUUCGCGCGUCUACAGUGAGACCAAAUUGCCAUCAGCGGCGCACCCAGGUCUUCCCACAUCCGACACCAGUCUAUCUCGGUCGCUCAGUGCCUUGGGAUCAACUAGUGCAUCCAAGUAUAGGAGUGAUGAGCGGACUUUCCGUUAUGACCCCUCGCGGUCGUAUCUGACCCACCGGGCUUCUAUCUCGUCCAUGCAGAGGCCAUCGGCCCGCUCACCAACAAUGGUGAAGGAGCGAGCAUCCUCUGAGUCACCCAAGGGCUUAGGCAUAUCUACCGAGGAGGAGACUGAGAACCUCAGCUCGAGCACGGAGGGAUCCAACGGAGUCUAUCCCGCGCAGGACCCGCCAUCUCGUUCCCAGUCGCAAAUGCAAGUUCGCGACCUGCACAAUCAGAUGAAGGGCCUUCACAUCAAAAUUUCCAGUCUGAAAGUCAAAACCCAGGAGGAUAAUUUGCGCCGUCGUAGUAUGCAGAGCCUGCGGACCCCGAGUCCCUUGAAUGCUGCUGACCAAUGGUACCCCAAUGCUUUGGAACUAAGAGGCCGCCAGGGCAAUCUUAGACCUAGCGCUGGUCAGGGUCAGUCACCGGCCCACUCUGCAGAAAAUCAAUUCAGCGACGAAUCUGGCUCCGCUAGAUACGAGCCUGACGUGAAGGCUCGACAGGCCGAAACACACAGACAAGCUCUAGAGCAUUCAUCCCCGGGGAAGACGCAUCAUCAACAAGAUGAUGCCUACGAAUUCGAUGAUGCGCAGUCAGUGAACGAGAGUCUUUAUGAGGAUGCACAAGAGGGCGACUAUGAUGAGAGCGGCUUUUUGACAUCUGGUCUCGACCAGGAGUCUGUGGAUGAUAAUUUGGAUGAUACGUUGGAGGCUUUCCCUCCCGUACCACAAAGUUUUCAGGACAAACCUCAUGAGGAGCGAGAGGAUGCUUUUGACUACGAGCACUUCAUUCUGCAUAGCGCCCUGGGCAAUUAUAGCCAAGCUCGCACGCGCCGUGAGAGCAAUCUAUCGACCAGUUCGGUCGAAACCACGCGCCCAACCGACCACCGCUCCGUUCGUCACUCCCGGGCCAACAGUGCAACAUCACUUUCUUCCGUUGCGACGUUUGAAACCGCCAUUGAGGGCAACCACGAUGGACUGGAGAGCGUUCUCUAUUGGGAUCGGAAAUUCAACGAUGAAUUAAAAGGUCGCCAUACGCCGGGCAUCGACAGCUCGAAGGGAGCUGAUUUGGAAACCGGAGGAAACCCUCGUACUCUUCGCCGACAGCCCAGUCGACGAGUAAACAGCGCAUUGUCUCUCAAGGCCCCCACAGUCUCACCACGAUCCGACUCGGCAAUGACAGGAGCCGCGACCCCAACGUCCCUUGCGUCGUCGCUUGUGUCAACAGUACGCAGCGCCCAUCCAAGUGCAUCAGCCAAUGGCAAUAUGGGGCUGAAUGACGAUGAUACGAAACUCUUGGAACAGUUAUUCCAAAGCUUGGGGGAUGUUUGUACGGAGCUUCAGACGAUUACAACCUCUGCGCAGCCGGAACCGAAAGAGGUGCGGCUGUUGAGACGACGACUAGACGCCGCUCGACGAGUGCUGGACGGAGAAUUGGACACCUAA